AUGGCUGUCCCUUCCUUUUCCGUCGGAAAGGCGGCUUGCCACAGAUUUCUUGCGUGUUUUGUGUAUUUUCACUAUGCUUUUGCCUUUACUAGCUCGGUCUAUCAGUUGGAUUCGGAGUAUUCGGGCGCCAAUUUCUUCGAAGGCUGGGAUUUCUAUACGGGUGGCGAUCCCACUGGAGGAUUUGUGACAUAUUAUAGCCAGGGCUCCGCUCAACUCUCGGGCUUGAUCAAUGCUAGCGAUAGCUCACCGAUUUACAUUGGCACAGACUACAAAACCGUGAUCGGAUCAACACAGGCAGCCGGCAGACCUAGCGUCCGAAUUUCCACGCAGAGAUCAUGGACCCAUGGAUUGUUUAUCGGGGAUUUUAACCACGCCCCAGGAGGAGUCUGUGGAACUUGGCCAGCAUUCUGGACAUUAGGACCCAACUGGCCUUACAACGGUGAGAUCGACAUCAUGGAGGGAGCAAACUUGAUCACCAACAACGCUGCGACGUUACAUACAAACCCGAACUGCACGAUUGCUGGGGACAACAGAACUAUGACAGGCCAGUUGGGGAACAACAAUUGUGCAUACUAUCCUGGCUACAACGUCGGCUGUGGUAUAGUCGAUAGCCGAACGACCAGCUACGGUGCAGGCUUCAAUGCAAUUGGCGGCGGUGUUUAUGCGAUGCAAUGGACCUCCGCCUACAUCAGCGUCUGGUUCUUCCCUAGAGGCUCGAUCCCGAACGAUAUCACCAACAAGAACCCCAAUCCUUCCUCCUGGGGUCUUCCGUUCGCAACUAUGGAGGGCUCUUGUGUCAUCGACCAGCAUUUCCAAGCCCACAAUAUCGUCUUGAACAAUGACCUCUGCGGCGAAUAUGCGGGCGCAAGCACUGUGUGGAACUCGACGACAAACUCUUGUGCCGCACUCACAGGGUAUUCCACCUGCAAUGCAUAUGUGGCGGCGAAUCCUGCACCUUUCCAACAGUCCUAUUGGAGCAUCAACUCGGUUCGGGUGUAUCAAUUGGUGGAUCCCAGUGCCAAUGCCAGCUCCACUGGUCCAGCAUAUAUUGCAAGCAAUCAGCCCACUCAAACAAGCAUAUCAACGACUUCAUCCUCGACUCCUGUACCGACCACGAGCCUGUGCCCCACGUACAACUUCACGGUCGUCCAGUCUGGCAGUUUCCAGUACGAGAUCGAAUGUGGAGUCAACAUCGGCGGGUCUGAUAUCGGUAUACCAUAUCCCAGCUAUCAAGUCCAGUCAUUCGAAGAUUGCGUGGCCGGAUGCAGCUACUGGAAUACUUACAACAGCAGCAACAUCUGCGGCGGCGUGACAUACCAAGUCAGUGGCAAUGCGUGCUACUGGAAACGAAAUGUCGGGAGCACUCCCGCGGAUCCCAAUUUCAGAAGCGCCAGGCUCAUCUACUAUGCCUAUCCACAGGUGACGGACGAUCCUCGAUAUCAGACAUCCAGCAGCAGCAGCACGUCCUACGUUGCGACUUCGGUCACGCCUCAAUACUAUGUCGCUCCAGGGGUCACUACGUCGACAUCAUUCUCGCUGAUCUCGGAGACGCUGACGUCGAGCGUUACGGACGGUAUACCUGGAUUGGGUGGAUCGACGACUGACGACGCUUCUUCAAGCACGUCUAUUGUGACGACGACCAUGGUGGCGACAACAGGAAGCAGCUCUCAAAGCACUUCGACAGCGAUGGUGGGCGCAUUGUCGUCUACCACUUCUUCAAGCUCAAGCUCCUUCACUGGAUCCACAGCCAGCACAACGUCUGCCUCUAUUGUUUUGUCGACUUCAAGCCUGUCGACAGCAGCGACCACAAAUGUGGCACCCUCUUCUUCCUCUUCCGCUGCAGCAACCUCGACAAUGGCCAGUGCGGCUACCUCAACGAGCGAGCAGCUGCCCCUUUCGAGCUCCGCGCUGUCCAGCUCAUCAUCUGUGUCACCGAGUCGGUCCACGGCCGUCAGUACUUCGAGUCCUGUCUCUACCUCAGCCUUGUCCUCGUCAUCAACGUCGAUUCCCCCAUCCUCUACUGCCAUCUCGUCUGCAACUUCUAGCUCAUCUACUAUCACGACGGAGGCUCAACCUCCUCCGUCUUCAACGACUUCAACGACUGCCACAACAGUGUCCAGCCCCAGUUCAGCAUCCACAAACGCAAGCCCUAUCAGCACGAGCACAGUCAGCCCAGUCGUCUCCUCCUCCUCUGGUCAAGCUUCCUCUUCUGAGACUCCGUCGUCUGUCUCUUCAUCAAUUCCGCCGCCGCCGCCGUCUUCAACAGCCUCUUCGGAAUCUCCAACAUCACCUCCCACGACCAGCCCACCGACGACCAGCCCACCAACGACAACCAUCAGCUUAGUAGCUUCGGAAUCCACCUCGUCCUCACCACCGCCGCCGCCAUCUUCGCCUUCAUCAACAUCCAACUCUGCCUCUUUGUCUUCCGCCUCGACUACACAAAUCAUAAUCAGUAGCAGCAGUUCGUCUCCCUCCUCCAGCUCUCCGGCCUUUUCAACCACUGCUCCAGUCACAACAGUCGAGUCAACGACAACCACUACUACAACAGAUACUCUUCCGGGCCCGACGCAAGUUUCCUCCUUCACAUUUGCAGGCUGUCUGGGUCCGCGGCCGGAGACUGCGUUUGCCGUCAGCUUUCAACUUGUGGAAGACUCCCCACUGAUGUCCAUUGAGAGAUGUGUCGAGGACUGCUCUUUGGGCAUUUACGCCGGCAUUUACGAUACCCAAUGCUACUGCUCCUCAUACUCGCUCCCCCUCGACACCUCGUCGUCCGAGGACUUUAUCCAAUACCCGGAUUCUGCAUGCAACACCACCUGCCCGGGCAAUUCCGCGGAGAGAUGCGGUGGUGUCGCGCAACUCACUCCUCCAGAUCGGCUCGCUAGGAGACAACUCACCGAAGUGAACGGUGACAUUAUCCUGCUGACCAUGUACAACAACACGGGUGUUGAUGGCGGCGGCGGCGGCGGCGGUUCCUCGUCGACAUCGACCUCGACCUCCUCGUUGACGACAACGGCAUCCUCCGUCCCCGCGUCAAGCAUGAGCACGAGCGUCAGCAUCAGCGGCGGCGCAAGCACCUCCGCGACGACGACGGCACCACCAUCCUCAACAACAGCACCUCCAACAACUUCCACACCCUUGUCGUCGUUUUCGGAUUCCGGAAUUCUCACCUCAACAACAACAACAACAACCACCCCUACCCCGUCGCAGACUCUGACCCUCUCCCCCACGACAAUCUCAACGACCUACACCACCAUCUGCAGUCCCUGGGAUUCGAUCUCGUGCCCGACACGGACGGAAACGUGCCUCGCCACGACCAUCACGGUCCUGCAUUGCGGAUGCACGGAGAUGCCUCCGCCGCUGGUGCCCAUGACCACGACUGUUGUGGAGGCAUGCUCGACACUGACACAGGGGCUUAUUACAUCUCCUCCUGCAGGAGGAGGAGGAGGAGGAGGAGGAGGAGGAGGAGGAGGAGGAGGAGGUAGUCAGGAAGACGAGACAGAGACAAUGAUGACGACCCUCACCGUCCCAUGUACACAAUCCAUCUCGGCACUCGAGUCCGCCGUCUCAGCAUGGUCUGCUGCAUCAUACGCGCAGGCCGGCGCAAACGCCGAAGCGACUGCGACUGCAAUAGCGACAGCGCCGAUCGCCGAAGGAGCAGAAUCAGAAUCCGAGUCAGAGUCCGUGACAGAAACCGAGAACGUCCACAACUACGUGCCCUACAGCUUCCCCAUCUCCUUCCCCAUGACUACCACCACCGCCGCCACCGCAGGCCCUGCGCCGGAAGCCAACACAGUAGUGACGAAAAGCCUCGUUUUCGCCACGGCAAAAUUCCCCUUCUCGGUACCGCUGCUGCAGAAUCCCACCAAUCCUCCUUAUCCUACCGCUACAGGAGGGAUCACGAACGGCACGAAUCUGACGACGGGUGGGGAGGAGGUGCAGAACGUCACGGUGAUGCCUGUCCCGCUGUCGUCUCAAAACACCGCUAACCUCGCGACGGUGGGGGUGGGGAUGGUGCACACGGGCGCGGGAGUCAGGUUGUCUGCAUGUUUUCUUUCUUUUUCUUCGAGGAGGAGCACUGCUUCGUGGAUAUUCUCUAUCGUUGGGGGAGUCGCAGGUGGUUGGGUGUCGGUGUGGGUAGGAAUCAUCACCGUCACGACGCAUGUGGUGAUGAGUGCGGUUGGGGUGUUGAUUGAUUAG